AUGUAAUUGAAUUAAUAAUAACAUUAAUAAUAUAUUAAUUUAUUUAUUGAGGUUAACUUAUAUAUUUAUAAUUUUUUAUUGUUAAAAAUGUAAAAAAAAAAUUUUAAUUAUUUAAAAUGUUAAUCCAUUUAUUGUCAUCAAUUUUGAAAGUACCAAGAAAUACUUGAAUUAUUUUCUUGUUUUUCAUAAGUGCCAAAACAAUAAUAUUAUUAUUUACAUUGUCAGCUGUCAGCUGUCACUAUUAUGAUAUUUAAAAAACUAUAUAAUUAAUUGUUUUUCAAUCAUCACUGUUUUUAAAUUAUGUAAAGACAAUUUUAACUGAUGGAUUUAUUUUUCAUCAAAUUGCACAACAAUAAUCAAAUAAAAAAAAUGUAUGAUUGAUAAUUACUCAUGAUAAGAUAUGAAAUAUAAUUAUAAAUUCUUUUUGUAAAAGACCUCAAAGUAAAUAAAAAAUAUAAUCUUAAUAAUGAAAUCUGAUUGAUAAAAAAUUUAUAUAUUAUUUUUAAAAAAUAAUUAUUUAUAUAGAAAAAUGGAAGAUGAUAAAUUUGGAUUUGCCAUUGAUCGUGGUGGUACAUUUACUGAUGUAUAUGCAAAAUGUCCAAAUGGUAAAAUUCGUGUUAUGAAACUUUUAUCAGUUGAUCCAUUAAAUUAUAAAGAUGCACCAACUGAAGGAAUUCGUCGUAUUCUUGAACAAGAAACAGGAUGUAAAAUGAAUGAUAAAGUUGAUACAUCAAAAAUAAAUUGGAUAAGAAUGGGUACAACUGUUGCUACAAAUGCACUUCUUGAACGUAAAGGUGCAAAAAUGGCAUUAAUAAUAAAUUAUGGAUUUAAAGAUUUACUUUUUAUUGGUAAUCAAGCACGUCCAAAUAUAUUUGAUCUUGAAAUUGUAACACCUGAUGUUCUAUAUGAAAAAGUUAUUGAAGUUAAAUGUAGAGUUAUACCAGCAUUAGAUAAUACAUGUCAAUUAAAUAAAAAUAACUGGAGAAAAGUUAAGGGUUCUUGUGAUGAUGAUUUGUAUGUUAUUGAAGAACUUGAUGAAAAUUAUUUAAUAAAACAAUUGAAUAUCAUUAAAAAUGAUGGAAUUGAAAGUAUUGCUGUUGUACUGGCACACAGUUACACAUUUAUUGAACAUGAAUGUAGAAUUGGUGAAAUUGCUAAACAGCUAGGUUUUUCACAAGUCUCAUUGUCUCAUGAAAUAAUGCCAAUGGUAAGAAUUGUACCAAGAGGAUUUACAGCAUCUGCUGAUGCUUAUUUAACACCUCAUAUUAAAAAUUAUUUACAGAGUUUUUCAUCUGGUUUUAAAGAUAAUUUAAAAAAUGUUAAUGUUUUAUUUAUGCAAAGUGAUGGUGGAUUAACACCAAUGAAUUCCUUCAAUGGAUCACGAGCAAUUUUAUCAGGACCAGCUGGUGGUGUUGUUGGUUAUGCAAUGACAACAUAUAAUAAAGAAACAAAUUUACCAAUUAUUGGUUUUGACAUGGGUGGAACAUCAACUGAUGUCAGUAGAUUUGGUGGAUCUUAUGAGCAUGUUUAUGAAAGUACAACUGCUGGUGUAACUAUUCAAGCUCCUCAGCUUGAUAUUAAUACAGUUGCUGCUGGUGGUGGUUCAAUGCUUAUUUUUCAAUCUGGUUUAUUUAAAGUUGGACCAGAAAGUGCUGGUGCUCAUCCAGGUCCAACAUGUUAUAAAAAAGGUGGUCCAUUAGCUGUAACAGAUGCUAAUCUUGUAUUGGGUAGAUUAUUACCAGAAUAUUUUCCAAAUAUUUUUGGACCAAAUGAAAAUGAACCAAUUGAUAAAAAUAUAACAAUUAAUGAAUUUCAAAAAUUGACUGAUUCAAUUAAUGAAUUUUUAGAAUUAAAUAAAGAUAAUUGUAAAAAUAUUAAAAUGAAUAUUGAAGAAGUUGCAAUGGGUUUUAUUAGAGUUGCAAAUGAAACAAUGUGUCGUCCAAUUCGAGCAUUAACAGAGGCAAAAGGACAUAAUACAGCAAUGCAUAUAUUGUCAUGUUUUGGUGGAGCUGGUGGACAACAUGCUUGUGCAAUUGCUCGUUCACUUGGUAUGGGUGUUGUGUUUGUUCAUAAAUAUUCUGGUAUUUUAUCAGCAUAUGGUAUGGCACUUGCUGAUGUUGUUGAAGAAGCUCAAGAGCCAAGUGUUGAAAUUUAUACAACAGAUGCUUUUAAAAGAAUUGAUGAACGUUUUGAAAAAUUGGAAUUAAAAAUACGUAAUAAAUUAUAUAAUCAAGGAUUUAUUGAUAAUGAAAUUAUAGUUGAAUAUUAUUUACAUUUACGUUAUGAUGGUACUGAUUGUGCAAUUAUGUGUCAUCCAAAAUUAUCAAAUGACAAUAAAUUAUCAAUGAAACAUGGUGAUUUUUAUACAUCAUUUUUAGAAAGAUAUAAAACUGAAUUUGGCUUUACAAUGCCAGGAAGAAAAAUCAUUGUAAAUGAUAUACGUGUACGUGGAAUUGGCAAGUCAAGUAUAUCUAUUGAAAAAGAUUUGCCAUUAUCAACAACUUCACCGAGGAUUGAAAAAAUAGUUAAAGUAUAUUUUGAGGGUGGUUAUAAAGAGACAAAAGUAUAUCAAAUGAGCUCAUUGACAAAUGGACAUGUCAUUGAUGGACCAGCAAUAAUUAUGGACAGUCUUAGUACUGUUUUAAUUGAGCCAAAUUGUACUGGAUUAAUAACACCACGUGGUGAUAUUAAAAUAACAAUUGGUAAAGGUAUAAAACCUAAUAUUACAACAGAAUUAGAUACAAUUCAUUUAAGUAUAUUUUCACAUAGAUUUAUGAGUAUUGCUGAACAAAUGGGUAGAGUAUUACAAAGAACAUCAAUUUCAACAAAUAUAAAAGAACGUCUUGAUUUUUCUUGUGCUGUAUUUGGUUCUGAUGGUGGUCUUGUAUCAAAUGCUCCACAUAUACCAGUACAUUUAGGUGCAAUGCAAGAAACAAUUCAAUAUCAAAUAAAAUUUUAUAAUGGAAUAUUUAAUCGUGGUGAUGUUAUACUUGCUAAUCAUCCAUCUGCUGGUGGUUCACAUCUUCCAGAUCUUACUGUAAUAACACCAGUAUUUUAUGGUGAUGAAUUAAAGCCAGUAUUUUUUGUUGCUAGUAGAGGUCAUCAUGCUGAUAUUGGUGGUAUUACACCAGGAUCAAUGCCACCACAUUCAACAACUUUAUCACAAGAAGGUGCAACAUUUAAAAGUUUUUUAUUAGUUAAAAAUAAUGUAUUUUGUGAAAAUGAAGUUAUUGAUGCUUUUAUGGCACCUGGUAAAAUAAGAGGAAGUUCUGGAUCACGUAAUAUUUCUGAUAAUUUAAGUGAUUUAAAAGCUCAAAUUGCUGCAAAUCAUAAAGGUGCACAAUUAGUCAAUGAACUUAUUGAUAUUUAUAGUUUAGAUGUUGUACAAGCAUAUAUGCAUCAUAUACAAGAUAAUGCUGAAAUUUCUGUACGUGAUAUGCUUAAACAAGUUGGUAAAAAAAUACUUGAAUUAAAUAAAACAACAAGCUCGUAUGCUGAAGAUUAUUUAGAUGAUGGAAGUGUUAUAAAACUUUGUGUUAAUUUUAAUAUUGAUAAAGGAGAAGCUAUAUUUGAUUUUACUGGUACUGGAUAUGAAGUAUGGGGUAAUUGUAAUGCUCCACGUGCUGUUACAUUAUCAGCAAUAAUUUAUUGUUUAAGAUGUAUUGUUGGAAAAGAUAUACCAUUAAAUCAAGGUUGUUUAAAACCAGUAAAAAUAAUAAUUCCAAAAGGUUCAUUAUUAGAUCCAUCAGAAGAAGCUGCAGUUGUUGGUGGUAAUGUUUUAACAUCACAAAGAGUUGUUGAUACAAUUUUAACAGCAUUUGGUACUUGUGCUGCAUCACAAGGUUGUAUGAAUAAUAUAACAUUUGGUACUGAAUCAUGGGGUUAUUAUGAAACAGUUGGAGGUGGAAGUGGAGCUGGACCAACUUGGAAUGGUCGUAGUGGUGUACAUACACAUAUGACUAAUACAAGAAUAACAGAUCCAGAAAUAUUAGAACAACGUUAUCCAGUUAUUCUUAAAAAAUUUGAACUACGUAAUGGAAGUGGUGGUGAUGGAGAAUAUCAAGGUGGUGAUGGUAUUAUACGUGAAAUUAAAUUUAGAACUAAUAUGAUGCUAUCAGUUUUAACUGAAAGACGUUCACAUAAUCCACCUGGUAUGAAUGGUGGUUUAUCAGGUGCACGUGGAAGAAAUACAUUGAUUAAAGCCAAUAACAAGUGUAUUAAUCUUGGUCCUAAAACAGCUGUUCCAAUUGAAACAGGAGAUACAUUUCUUUUGGAAACACCUGGUGGUGGUGGAUAUGGUAUACCUGGUACAUCAUUAUCAUUACCUCAAGAUAAAAUUAAAAAUAUAUUUAAUGAACGUGGAAGUGUAUAUGAAUAUCGAAAAUCACAAGAAUCAGUGUGAUAUCAAAAAAUAUUGUUGCUUUAAAAAAAAAAAAAAAAAUUAAUGCAAGAAAUUAAAACAAAUCAUAAAUAAUAGAAUCAA